UUGACAUGUCACUGUCAACCACUCACGAUUGAUAUAAUUUAUCGGCUAUUCAAAAUUCUGUGCAAAAAUUUCAAACUUCAAUAGGAUCAUUUAAAAAGACAUUUCCUCUAUUUCAAUAAACAAAACAUCAAUAUGCAUGACACUAUAAUACGACUAGCAGAUGUAUGGAAAACAUGCAACAAGAUUCGAGCGGCGGCGUUCCGCGUAGGCCUGAAUCUGUGGGACUGGUACCGCCCGCUCGACCCUGAAGGGAACUCGCUCAUAUCUGAAUCAAAAUUCGUGUCAGUGCUGGCGGGUCCCUUGCGCUCAGUGAUUGGACUGUCAGACGCCGAGAUCUCUCAGCUGGCGGACUACUUCCGCGCACAAGAUGGCCGCGUUCUCUACCACCAGCUCUGCAAGAUAAUACAUGGCGAAGACGCCAGCGGCCGCAACAAGACCUCCGCAGACUGCUUGCUGGAGGCGUGCCCACCCCCGGCGGAGCCCGCCUGCCACAAACUCGACGUUUGGCAAACGCAGCGCCUGUGUUGCUUGCUGGCCACCAUUGCCGCCAGAGAGAUACCACUCAAACCGUAUUUUCAGGACUAUGAACUGGUAGCAAAGAACGACGGUCGUAUCACGUUCGCGCACUUCGCGCGCAUCUUGAACUACAUCGGCGUGCUGGUGUCGCCCGAGGACUUCAACCUGCUCGUGCGGCGGUUCAUCAAGGACUCGUACACCCUCGACUACGUGGAGUUUCUCAAGGCCGUGGAUGCGGUCAAGAAGGAAGGCAUACGAGGCCUUGGCCCGGAGUACAACAAUCCCAGUGCGGUGAUCGACACGAGUCUGCCGAAGCUGAGACGCCCAGAGAUAGAAGCAGGGCUGUCGACCGCACCGCUCGGAGCCACAGAUGUGUUCCACCCGGCCUUCACACCGCCUCGGCCCUCGCGGCAACUCAUCGAGCUCAUGCUGCGAGUACAAGAGUUUGUGCUCCAGAGACGCGUCAGAGUCUCUGAAUUCUUUAGGGACUACGACCCACUGAACAGCGGUCGCAUCACCCCGCAACAAUUCCGGCGCGCGAUGGACGCAAUGGGUCUGGGCGCAGUGCUGGACACCAACGAAAUGCUGUGCGUGAUACGCCACUACCUCGACCCCAACGACUCCGACCGCGCGUGCUGGCGCACCUUCGAGGACGACUGCGAUCAAGUGUUCACGAUCAAGGAGCUGGAGAAGCACCCCGAGGCGGUGGCAGGCGGCGCGGUGGCGGCGGUGGCGGAGCUGCCGGCGCGCGGCUGGGCGGAGGAGGCGGGCGGCGGCCGGGCGGCGGCCGCGCUGGACGCCGCGCAGGCCGCGCUGCUGCGCGUGCGCGCCGCCUGCCGCCAGCGCGCCAUCGACCUGCGCCCCGCCUUUUCUGAGCACGACCAGCACAACAACGGGCACGUGUCGCGCGCGCAGGUGCGGCGCGUGCUGGCGCGGCUGGGCGUGCUGCCCGCCGCCGCGCAGCUGCGCGCGCUCGAGCUGCGCUACCUCGACGACUGCGGCUUCAACUACGUGCGCCUGCUCCACGAGAUGGAGGAACGUGCGGUGGAAAGUGCGACGAUAGCGCGGCCGGUGGCGGCGCCACGCCGUCCACGCGUUGCCGCUGAUCCACUUGAGACCGACAUCGUGCACAUACUCGCCAAGAUCAAGGGAAAGAUGGUGCGAGAGGGUGUGCGCCCCCGCGACUUCCUGCGCCAGUAUGACAAACAGAACGAACUGGUGAUACCACGGGCGGACUUCUACCGCGGACUUGCCGCCGCCGGGCUCGCGCUCACUCCACUAGAAAUGGACACACUCAUUGAAGUUUUCUGCGCGCCCGGCCGCCGCCGCUACGUGGAAUACGAGCGGUUCAGCUCGACAGUGGGCGAGGCGCUGACGCAAGAGGGGCUGGAACGCGCGCCCCUCCUGCAGCCCGUGCCGCACGUGCCCACCGCCGACUCGCCCCUCAACUUCCUCACCUUCGAGGAGAGACACAUCGUCUCCGGUGCACUAACCAAACUCUCCAAAUAUCCAGACCAGUUGUCUAACAUACUGGAAGUGUUUAAGGACAUAGACAAGGAGCGUUGCGGCACGAUACCGCGCGUGUCCGUUGAGCGCGCGCUCUGCCAGCGCAACCUGCUGCAGCUGAUGUCGGCACGCGAGCGCGACCUCCUCUACAAGUGCUUCGGAUACCGCCGGGGCUGCGGUGACGAGGUGAACUACCGUGCGCUAUGCAACGCUCUGGACUUGUUGUAUGCCACCUCCAGCGCGCAGCCCUGCUGAAGUGCAAAGUUCCCAAUGCAGUUUGGUGUUUGAAGCAUGUUGAAUCGUUGAAUCCUAGCUUGU